AUGUCGUAUAAGCGCUCUCGGUCGACGUUUGAGGCAGACCUUGACGCUCCGUAUGCCCUGUUUGGCACGCCUCUGCCCCAUGAGUCCGACCCGCGCGACCAUGGCUCAUAUUUACCCUUGUGGAAACAAGACGUGAGGGAUGAGAAGGGCAGAAGACGGCUCCAUGGCGCCUUUACAGGUGGCUGGAGCGCAGGCUACUUCAAUACCGUAGGCUCCAAGGAAGGGUGGACACCGUCUACCUUUGUCUCCAGCCGCUCCAGCCGUCGCAAAGAUGAAGACGACACGAAAUCGACCACAAUGCAACAAAAGGCAGAGGCGUACAUGGACGAGGAAGAUCUGGAGGAUGCAGCCGAAGCGCAGCAGCUCCAGACUUCGCGCGCCUUCGCAGGCCUGGGUUCGUCCACCCAGGAUGAAAUCCGCGCCGUCGGGCUCAUGGGACUAUUCAAACCGCCCGGAGACACAAAGGGACUGCAUCUGUUACGCAGAAUGGGCUGGAAAGAUGGCCAGGGAAUCGGCCCCAAGAUUCGACGUGGUGCCAGGCUCGACGUCGGAAAGAGUGGUGGUGCCGGGUUGGACGACCAGACGUACCUGUUUGCUCCAGAUGAUGCUCAAAUGAUAAAGUUUGUUCGAAAAACGGAUCGGAUGGGCCUAGGACACCAGGGGGGCACGAGGUUGCAGAGCCUGGAAAAGACGGGCGAUUCGGACCAGGACAAUGACGAUGACGACACGCUGGGCAAGAGCGACCGGCCCUCUUUGUUUUCUGCGGGGAAAAAGGAAGUGAAAUUCCAACGGGGCGCUUUCGGUGUCGGUGUGCUCAAUGACACUGGCUCGGAUGAAGAAGAUCCGUAUGACAUUGGACCCAAGAUUAGGUACAAUCGUGUCAUGGGAGGGGACAAGAAAAAGGAGAAGAAGAGGAAGAAAACCACGGCUGCAGUGAAUCCGUCUCUUCAGAAGGCGCCAGUAUUUCUGUCAAAGACGGUCAGGGCUGGAAACAACCUCCGUCGAUGUCAUGAUGGCAGGCUCCCACUGCACGGCUUCGUCCUGGCAAAAGUUGUCGAGGACUUGGCAGCUGCUCUGUCACAAUACGCACCACCCCCCGUUCCCGUGGGCUGGAAAUCAUCAAAAGAUCCGCUGAACGUGGGGGAUUCUUCCAAAUACACUUCCACUGCCGAUGCCGCCAAAGUAUCCACCAUGGACCCGAGAUCUCGAGCGGUCCUUCUUGGUGAGAAUGCCCUCCCGGGGAAAUCCGUCUUUGACUUCAUAUCUUCCUCGUCAAGAGAUAAGCUAGCUGCUCUGUCUGGGAAUCAGAGUCUCCCUCCCGGGUUGGGCCAACUCCCCGAAGGCCACAGACCAUUGUCAGAAGACGAAAAACGCCAGGCAUUAUGGAAUCAAAUUCCGAAAUUGGAUCAAACGACGGCGGCGGCGGCCCUAUCACGCAGCCCGGCUGGACCAUAUGCAGACGAUGAGGUGAAGCGUGCCAGAUACAGAAAAUACUUGGUUUCACAGGCGAACCAUGGACAAGAUCCGCCGGACAAAGCGCCGGGAGCAACGGAAGAGGACUAUGUUCGAGAAAUGAAUGAAUUCUACAAUUGCGCAAGGAUCUUCAAACCAAUGACUGGCUUCAUGGCGUCAAGAUUCACUACCUCGAAGACUGUGCUUCAUUCAUCAUCCAACAACAGCCAGAAAGGCGAUGACAAGACGAGUACGGACUUGUUGUCAAAACCCGAACCAAAGAGCAGAGAUGCCGCCGAAGAAGCCGCCAUGGUAGGCAUGUUUGGACGCAUGACGCGCUCCGUUGAAGAAUUUUAUCCGACAAGGCUUCUUUGUAAGAGGUUCAACGUACGCGCUCCCGCGCAUGCUGUACCGGAUCGCGAAGCAGACAAUGCCGCCUCGACAGCAAACAGGAGCGAUAAUUGGACGGCACCAACGCAAUGGUCCAAGUCUGAUCCGAAUACCCCUGUUUCAGCACCUCGAGCUUUGGAAGCACCGACGUCAUCAGGGACGGCAACGCCAGUUCAGCAACUAGUAGAGGUGAAUCCAGAGAAGAAUGACGCCGUUGAAGGGAAGGCAGCCAAUGCCGAUGUGUUAAGGGCAAUAUUUGGAGACAGUGAUAGUGAGUAG